CCGGAGUUCGACUCCCUCGGUGUCGAACAUGGCGGCCUCGUCAACAUGUUCAACGCGAUGAUUUACGUUUUCAUAAUAAUGAGAUAAGCAGAAUUGAACGUUUACGGGAUAUUUAUCUGUAAAAAAAAAAUUAAUCUGAAAUAAUACGACGAGAUGGCGAGCUGUGUCAAUUCCGUAAACAGUCUACUGAAGUCUUACAAGAACUGGAUCGUAUCGAAUCCGCAGUUACUGACGGACAUCGAGGCCACCGUCAGAUGUUUGUCUUACUUCAGCUUUGGACACUUCCGUAAUUCGACUUUGGCCGUGGAACUGAUUUAUUCCAUGCCGAAUCUGAUUGUUCUCUGCAACGACCUGCUCAUGUACAGCAGUAGACGCCAGCACUUGAAGAUACCUCAGUUCGACUCGAAGAUUAAGAUUUGGUUGACCGUGGUGGAGUACACCGAGACGCUGCUCGAGGUGACCGCUAAGAAGUUGUGGGGCCCAAAGGGAAGGUGGUUGAUAAUCGUAGUCGUACAGUUGUUCAAGUCCGUGUUGCGACUGUUGUUAAUUCAUGUGUGUAAGGAACGCGUGACGAAGAGCCCGGCGACGCCGCCGCUCAACAGAGAGAAAUUUAGUAAAGUUGUCGACGAUGCGCAGUCGAAGGAGGGCUUCAUGCUGAAGAGAUCGGGCACCGUUGUUCGAAGCGUAAAGUAUUCGGCUCCUAUAGAGAUGCGAACGUGGAAGGCUUUGCCUCCUGUCACAGACGAGAAUGAGAAUCUGGCCAAAAACCAGGAAUCCGAGAGGAAUCUUAAACUAGCUGAGAGUCUUUACGUGACAAAGCCACUGCUUCAUCUUGGGUGUAUGUACCUCACCAAUCAGGAACAGUGGCCACCGUGGAUAUUGUCGCUCGUUAUCGAUGUAGCCAGUUUAAACGUCUUCACGCGUUACGCCCGAAAAGCAUCGUUCAGCAAAGAGGAGGAAGAAGAACUCGUGCGUCGAAGAUUGAGCUUGCUGUUGUAUAUCUUGAGAUCGCCGUUCUACGACAAGUACAGCCGUAAUAAGAUAAACUCGCUGCUCGACACGAUAUCUACCUCUGUGCCUCUCGCCAAGUACUUGGCCAGUGCCGUUAAAAAAAAUUUACCGUACAUGCAGACUGCUAUCGUGAAUCAAUGUCAGUGCUAUCAGGGAACUACCUGUCCCACAGGCACUGGCGGCAUGGACAUCAGAAUAGUGAAUGCGGGAAUAAUUUGCCCUGCUGGAUACGUGUACUGUUGUCCAUCCGGCGUUCCAAGUAAUCCUUCUUGCGGUAUUCGAAAAAUCACACCCUCCGCGCAUCCAGUGGGACAAGCUGCUUAUGGUGCAUAUCCCUGGAUGGUGGCUAUUUUGACCACCGGCAACGUUUAUGUCGGGGGAGGAGUGCUUAUCAGUACAACGCACGUCCUUACCGUCGCUCAUAAAGUCGCAAGUUAUGUAAAUGGUGGGAUCAAAGUGAGAUUAGGUGAAUGGAACACUCCAGUUAACAAUGAACCUAAUCCGUACGUGGAGAUCUCCGUUUCAAAAGUCACCCUGCACCCUCAAUAUAAUUCGCAAAACCUCCAGAAUGAUAUAGCGGUGCUUAAACUAAGCUCGGCUGCUCCCAUCGCAACUAGUCCUAACAUCAACACGGCGUGUCCACCAUCUGCACCGGCUGCCGUAGGAACAAGAUGUUGGGUGUCGGGCUGGGGAAAAAAUGCCUUUGGAAGUAGCGGUAUGUAUCCAAAUAUCCUGAAAGAGGUAGACGUACUUGUGGUAAGUCAAGCAGAUUGCCAAACAGCCCUUCGGACGACAAGACUCGGUAGCAUGUUUGUUUUGGACAGCAGUUUCAUGUGCGCGGGAGGGGAAGCUGGCAAAGACGCAUGCACUGGCGACGGAGGCUCACCGAUGGUGUGUUCAACAAAUAACGGGCCCUAUCAAGUUGUUGGGCUGGUGACAUGGGGUAUAGGUUGCGCAAGUCCGGGAGUACCUGGUGUAUACACUAAUGUGUACAAUUUCCUUCCCUGGAUCACGCAACAAAUGACAUAGCUCUUGAAAAUAUACAGCGUAAGAAUUAAUUAAGCAAGAAUAGAAUGUUCACAUCGAGCUAAAAUUUGUAAAAUAUUUGCAAUAAAUUAUUAAAAUGAUUAAAAUAUA